GCGAGAUUCGCCCACCGUUCGAGCACAACUACGAGCAGGAUACCUACGGCUUGCUGAACGACGACGGGAGCGCCGACUGGUGCAGGCUGGACACGCUGUACGGCGACGAGAGCGGCAGCCGCAGCGGCAGCGCCCGCGGCGCUGGGCAGGCCGAGAGCGACGUGGAGGACACCG